CUAGAAAGUGGGCUGGAGACCAGAGUUGUGUUUUCUUUCCGCCUGGUGGUGCCGAGCCUCCCGGUCCUCCUCACCGCGCCAAUGCCUCGAGGAUUCCUAGUGAAGAGAAACCGGCGGUGCGCGGCGUCGUACCGGUCGCGGUGCAGCGGCAUUACCGGCCCCGACGCGCAUCACGGGGAUCACCCAGACGCGGCCGUGCAGGGGACCGACGUGUUGAGCGCGCUCCCCUUUGGACAGCCGGACCGACUGCUCCCGGUGUCCCGCGAAGACUCCGUAGCCGCGAGAGAGGCGUGGAGCGCGCACGUGGAGUCCGCGCUGGAGGCAGAGGCGGAUCAGCGUGCGCAAUUACCGGAGACCGAGGAGCAGGUGAGCGAGGUGGACGCGCUGACUCCCGUUAGUGGCUUCUCCUGCUUCUUCCCGCCUCUUCCUCCUCUGCCCCCACGCGACUUGACGUCAGCGGAGUCCCGCAGCCCCGUUAAACCGAUCGGCACGAGACUGCUUGACCACCACCUCCACCUCCACCCCCACCUCCACCACUACCAUCCCCACGAGGGAGACACGGAGCCGCUGUUCCCCUCGAAGUGCCUGACCUCGUCCCCCCUGACGGGCUUACCGGAGCUGCCGUUCCUCGUGAGCUCCCCGCCGACUUCCAUCGAGAGGCUCCUCGCGAGCGGCGGCCGCAGCGGUCAUGGAGACAAGUACGACCCGAGCGCGGCUCACGUGCACUUGUUCCCGCCGCUCUCACUCGUGGACCGGGAGCAGCAUCACCCGGCGAGGAAGCGCACGUUCCUCGAGCAGGAGCAACGCCUCACCGGCAACCGGCUCACCGGCAAACCGGCCGCGGGCAACCCGCCGAAGAAACCCAAAGUCAACCGGAAGCUCAACUUCGAGGAUGAGGUCACGACCUCUCCGGUGUUGGGCCUGCGGAUCAAAAAGGAGAUCCCCGAGUUGAGAAGGCCGCGGGAGAGGCCGGCGGGAGCCACCGGGAACCAGCCGCUCGGAGAGUACAUCUGCCAGCUCUGCAAAGAGGAGUACAUCGAUCCGUUCUCCCUCGCGCAGCACAAGUGCUCCCGCAUCGUGCGCGUGGAGUACCGGUGUCCCGAGUGCGACAAGGUCUUCAGCUGUCCCGCCAACUUGGCGUCGCACCGCCGCUGGCACAAGCCGCGUCCGGUAACCGGUGGAGAGACUCAGGCGAACAAGAGCCAGCCGCUGAAGGAAGCGGCGCGGGGGCUCGUGCCGCACGAGAGACCCCCGGUGGAGAUGGAGGGCAAAGAGAACGAGCUGCUGCUGCGCGUGAACAGCAACCAGCACCACGGGGCGCUGGACAGCUCCCGCGUCAGGCGCGAGCCCUCCCUGCUGCUGCUCCACGGUCGGUCCCGGGACAGCCCCGACGGGGACGGCCUCGCGGGCCCUCACUACGAGUCUUUGCUCCGUUACCGGAAUCCGGCCGAAAGCUGCCUCGACCUGCAGCAGCAGCAGGCGCGAGCGGCGGACAGCCCACCCUCGAGCCUGCUGCCGAUAACCGGCAACCCAGACGAGCGCGCGGACUCGCCGCCGCCGUCCCUCGCGCACCUCCCUUUACCGUUCGCCCAGUCCCUACCGGAGGAAGAAGUGUACGAAUGCCGGUACUGCGGGAAGAAAUUUCGCCGACAGGCGUACCUGAAGAAACACCUGGCCGCGCACGAGAUGACAGCGCGAGCGUCUCCCAACCAGUCGUCGUAUGGCCAGGCGCGCGAAACCAUCGCGGGACAGAGCCAGGUGUUCCUGUGUCACCUGUGCGGCGCGCGCUUCCCGUCGGUGGAAAUCAGGGACAAGCACCGCAUGUGGCACGCGAUGAGGGACGAGCUGCUGGCGGGAACUUUAGGAGGAGGUAGAGGAGGAGGAGGUGGAGGACUCCGACCGGACAUGUUCCACGCGCAGGGAGGCGAGAGCGGGGAGUGCGAGCAGCAGCAGAUUUUCACGUGCAAGCAGUGUCCGUCCACUUUCUUCAGCUCCCCGGGGCUCGCGAGACACACCGACAAGUCUCACCCCACCGACAACCGGCAGGUGGGGCUGCUGCAGAUGACCGUGCGGCCGUAAGAAGAGCGCGAGCCCGGGCCAACCGACACAACCAAUUCCACAUCUUAUGUAUUGACUGUCGUUAUGAGGACCCUGUUCAUAAAGUACAUUUAAUGCAGCUGUGGUUCUACUGUACAUGGGGACGGAAGCCGGUUUGGUUCAGUUGUGGUCAUAAAGCAAAAAGCGCACUUUUGCGCUUCAGGACACGGGUGAGUGUGAGUUCUGUUUCAAGCUCAAUGAGCACCAUGAAUAUUAGAUUAUUUGACAAGCAGUUAUGAUAUAUGAACAUCGUUUAUGCUUUAUGGCCACGCGACCGAUAACCCAAAACAACUGACAAACUAGACUGAGAGAUGACGUAGUGUCAGUACUGGAGCUGUCCAUGGUGCUGAAACUACACCAACUAAAAGACCCACUGGAGCGAGUACAAAGCAAACUAUUAUCUUCCACAGGUUGUUUAGUCUUUACAGCUUCUUCUUGUUGUUGUAAAAGAAAAGAAAAGGACAUUUUUAAUUCACUGGACAGGUGCAGAUCCAAUAUGAUUACAUUAAAAUGACACCAGGAGAGUGGCCCUUAUUCUAAAUUAAACUAUUUUUUCUGUUGAAGUUUGGAGAGUAAAUCACGUGUACAGCCAGUAUUUCACAAGUCAGACAUUGUUUUCUAUAUUUCUUUUCUCAUUGAGAGAAUAUAUUUCCUGUAUUGGCCUUUUUCCUUUUACUGUUCGAGCCUCUCCUGCGUCCUCUCACAUCGAGCGUGUGAAUGAUUUGACAUUUAAUCACAGUAACUACUGUUACGUUGAGCAGAAUCAUUGAAGUCUGACAAAUGGUAAUUUGAUUUUGACUAAUUUGAGCAGGAGGGGGUCAUGUGAUGAUGUGCUGAAGAAAAGAUCCACACAGGCCUCUCUACAUGUGGCAGGCAUUUACUCAUGCUCCAUGCAGAGUAAUCCCAUUACACCAAAGCUCAGAAGCCUAUAGCGCGUUACACUACGUACCGCCGUGAGACAUUAUAUUUAGAAAUUUACCAUCCUCCCCCAUCUAAUGGAAAAAACAAUCAUGCCCUCACUAUUUCAUGUACAGUUAAAAAUAAUAAAACAAAGAGAAAAUAAUCUAGACCAUAAUAUGCCUUUUAUAUUAAACGUCCAAGUACAUUAUUUUCAUACAAAAAUGGAACAUUGAACGUGUGUACUGCUAAUAAAACAAAAGUAUUUCGUCUUUAUUGAUUAUACAUUACUGUUUAAAUAUUUACUUCACGAUGCUAAGCGUGUCCUUGUGGCUCUGUGAAGCCUGGACGGUAACACUUUGAUAUGUCUGACGUGAAAUGUGACAUUUAUUCUAAUAUAUUGUCAAUAAAUGUGAAGACGGUAUGAUGACCGGCCCGUCAA